CGGCUGCCCGCGCGGGUCCCCGCGCUGCCCCACGCCGCGCCGCGCCGGCGCCGGGCGGCAGGAUGGGCUGUAUCCAAAGCAUCACCUGCAAGGCGCGGAUCCGGCGCGAGAACAUCGUGGUGUACGAUGUGUGCGCCACCAUCGACCAGUGCCCCACGCGCAUCGAGGAGACCUCGCCCAUCGUCCUGCGCUACAAGACCCCCUACUUCAAAGCCUCGGCCCGCGUGGUCAUGCCCCCCAUCCCCCGCCACGAGACCUGGGUCGUGGGCUGGAUCCAGGCGUGCAACCAGAUGGAGUUCUUCAACACCUACAGCGACCUGGGCAUUCUUCUAAAGAAGUCUACAGAAACCUGCUUCCACCCUCCCCCUCAUCCUACAUGGCCAUUGUCACAUCCCACCUUCAUUUGGGUGGCUGCCACCUGGCUUCACAUCCGGGAGAGCUUAGCCUCUUACCUCCACUCCAAGAGCAGAACAGCCCAACUCAUAAGGAAGCAACAAAACAGGAGGCCUUCAGAAAGCUCAUCAGCUCUCUGCUUGGAAGACUGUACUAUGCUACUCUUGACCACAGGAGGAGCAGCCUUGGGGAUUGAGCUGUCUGCUGAGGGCUGCCCGCAGCCACCUCUGCCAGCUGCAUCCCAGUUAAGGUCAAGCUGGGAACUGCCGGACUUGAGGGAAGGGAGAGUAAAAGCCAUCAGUGACUCAGAUGGGGUGAGCUACCCUUGGUAUGGGAACACCACGGAAACUGUGACCCUCAUUGGCCCCACCAACAAGAUCUCCAGGUUCUCCGUCAGCAUGAAUGACAAUUUCUAUCCCAGUGUGACAUGGGCAGUGCCAGUGAGCGACAGCAAUGUGCCACUGCUAACAAGAAUCAAGAGGGACCAAAGUUUCACUACCUGGCUGGUGGCCAUGAACACCACCACCAAGGAGAAGAUCAUUCUGCAGACCAUCAAGUGGAGGAUGAGGGUGGACAUUGAGGUGGACCCUCUGCAGCUGUUGGGACAGCGGGCCCGGCUGGUGGGCAGGACUCAGCAGGAGCAGCCCCGGAUCCUGAGCCGGAUGGAACCCAUUCCCCCGAAUGCACUAGUGAAGCCCAACGCCAAUGAUGCCCAAGUCCUCAUGUGGAGGCCCAAGCGGGGGCCACCCCUGGUUGUGAUCCCUCCUAAGUAGAAACAGACUGGCCUGACUGUGUGGAGCACAUGCCGCUGAGACACGCAGUGAGGCUGCCACGGGUGGCAGGAGCCAAACUGAGUUUCUGAGCCAAAGCAGACCUCUUGGUUUGCCAGCCUUUGCAGCUACUUGUGAAAAGUACAGCUGCUCCUUGGGUGGUAGAACCAUAAUCCUUACGAAAAGUCCUUUCCUCUUAGGAAUAAAGAAAUCACUGAUUUGACAGA